GUCUUCACGCAACACGAGACCGUCCUUCAAUCCCAUCUUGAGCUACUGGAUUCAGUGAAAUGCCAUGUUGCGACGGACUGUGAGGCGUUUCGAACGGUGUCGGCCAUGGUGACCAAGACUAUCCAGUCGAUAAAUCAAUCAAAAAUGAUGCGAAAACAUAUGAACGGACAGAAAAAAGACGUCUCUAUAGUCGAUUCAAGAGAACCGUCCUCGGAUGCGCGGGCACCCAAGCGAAAGCGCGACAUAACCUCUCAGCCAGGCGUCGGCCCAGAAAAUACAUCCAAUACACCCACCAGUGGGUCCCAUGAAACAGAAGACAUUUCAGAGGAAGUCCAACGACGGCUCCGAAUCAAAGAAGAGCUUCGGCGGAAGAAAAAUUCCAAGAAAAGAAAGCGGGAGAGCCUCCUGUCCACCGAGAGCACAUCACCCGCGGGCCAACGGCCCAAGAAAAAGCGCCCAGACAUACCCUGA